AUUAACUUAAUACUUUCUCUCCUGAUUAAUAUUUUCCUCUCUUCCCUUCUAGUCACCAUUGCAUUUUUUAUCCCACAAAUCAACAUCUAUGCAGAAAAAGUACAUGCUUACGAAUGUGGGUUUGAUCCUAUAGGCUCUGCCCGACUACCCUUUUCAAUAAAAUUCUUUCUAGUAGCAAUCACAUUUCUUUUAUUUGACCUGGAAAUUGCCCUCCUGCUACCCCUCCCUUGAGCCAUACAAUCACAAAACAUACACCAGAUAAUAUUUAUCUCCUUUUCCCUUCUCACUAUUUUAUCAUUAGGGCUUGCAUACGAAUGAAUACAAAACAGCCUAGAAUGAACAGAAUAA